AUGUCUAGAUCCAAGUAUGUAACCUUGGACUUGGGCGGUCACUCCACACCCAACGAGAAGCAGAAGCAGACGAUCCCGAACUUCCAAAGCACUAACCCAGAAAGCGCUCAUUUAGACCUGACCUUGGGUAUUGAAAUCGAGUGCUUGCUCUUACAAGACACUCGCCCGAAUCUAGCCACUAGCUCGAACCCGACCAAUCUUUCCGGUCGCCAGAGAAUUCACGCCAUUCUCAGCCAACCUAUAAAGGUGAACUGCUCUUCAUGUGGUAAGCCGCACAACUUCAGUCUGCCAUUGAAUUCUGUGGCAUCCAGCCACCAUCAGCAGCAGCAAAUCGAUACUGACUACAUGAAGUGGACAGUGGACGAAGACAGCUCUUUAGCCCUCACAUCCGCGGAGCUCAAUGCGCUCGGGGACAGAAGACCUUACACAAAGUUUGACCGCAUAGAGGUCAAGAGCCGUGUUCUGAACGCCAACCAGCCGUUGCUUACCACCGAGAGCAUCGCCGACUCAUUCCACACUCAUUCCGUGAAGUGGGAAGACGAAAUCAGCGCUAUUUAUGAACGCCUCAUCGAAACCUUCAACGCAGUCCCUGGAGUUCCUGGCUUCCGUCUCGUCGUCAAUCCUUCCUCGGGUCUCCACGUACACAUCGGCAAUGGUCAUAAAGGAUUUCCCUUGAAAACCAUCAAGAAUGUGUUGUCGAUGUGCGUUGCGAAUGAGCAGGCCAUUGAUUCACUGCACAGUGUUGACCGUGUCACAGGCAGCACACUGGCAUUCUCGGAGCAGCGGACAAGCUGGCUGGUCGAAAACUACACCGAUGAGUGCCUGGAUGACACCAUUUACAACGUGCCGUGGUCUGCCCACUUCCAGCUACUGGCGUUCAAACUCUCUCUCGGUGAAACGUCCAGCGCCGACGGCACUGCUUCUGACCAUGGCUACAUGCGAAAUGAGUAUCCAGCUAACGCACUGUGGAUGUGGCCGUCAUUGGAGCAAACCGCUCAGCAGAAUGAUGUGCCAUCGUGGCUGAAGCUCAUCCGGUGUGCGAAGGACGUCAAGAGUCUGCGCAAUCUCCAAGGCGCCAUGGCACAUAACUCGACGGUCAACCUCAGUAACAUCCUUGACUUCAGCGCUGAUGGCACGAACAGAGGCAUGUUCGGCGACAAGAAGAUGACCGUCGAGUUCCGCCAACACCGGGCCACUCUGCGUCCGACCGAAGUCAUAGCUUGGAUCAACGUGCUCCUCAACCUCUUCACGUUCUGCCACGAUCAAAGUAUGUCGGAGGUCAAGGAUCUCUGCGAGCAAACCUGGUCUGACCCUUCGCAUGAUGCUCUAGCUUUCUUGAAGAACAUCGGUGUCGACGCCCGCACAUACAACCACUACGAGACAUUCCUCGACCUGGGCGACAACUAUCUCUCGAAGUACGCCCGCGACGUUCACGAAUCGGAGCUGCAAGCCAUCGCGCAAUUCGGCUCGGACGACUUCUUUCUGCCUCUGUGCAAGUUUAUCGUCGAGGAGCAGACCGCGUCGAUGAGCCUCCGCGAGAUAUACACGCGGAUCAGAGAGAAGCUCGUGACCGGUGGCUAUGGGCAGUUCGAGGCUGAGUACGUUCAGCAGUUGUCUGUCACGCCUGCGGAGAGGAGAAAACUCACGAUCGGGUGGAUCCUGGAUAGACCAGGGGAUCUCAAAUCACCCACCGAACCAUCAUGCUUCGGGUGA